UCCAUUAUAAUGUCUGAAUAUUAUGUAUCAUUAAUCUCGGUAUUUGUUAACUACUGAUAUCUGCUGCAUGUAUAGUUUUCUCAUUGGAUGAAGGAGGUGAAAAAAACUAGAAAUGGAUGAAACCGGCGGUGAAUGUGUUUAUCGUGAUAAGUGGUACGAAGUAGAGUGUGCAGAAAACGUGCUUGUCAAUAUACUCUCGAGGCUUCCGAUUAAGUCAAUUUUAGUAUGCAAAUCCAUUUGCAAGCAUUGGCACCGGUUGUUAAGUAGUCGGGCUUUCAUUGACGAGCAGCUACUCUGGUCCCAGCAAAACUCGAUUUACAUUGUUUAUCCGUUCAUGGAUGUGCUGAUGGAAUUAUUUUUUGUGGAUAUCAACGGUGACAUUGUUAAGAGGCUGAGCUUCCCGUAUUGUGAGAACUUUUCUCCAAUUACAAUCAUUUGUUCCUUUGAUGGUUUACUCUGCUGUAUAAACUAUCCAUGGAAAGCGAACUCGGGAAGGGUAGUUGAUGAUGAAAUCGAUCUGGAAAUCCGUAUCUGCAACCCUGUUACAAAAAAGGCUCUAUUAAUUCCGAAAGGUAGCCCAUCCAAUGAAAAGCCUUCCAUCGGGGUUGCUUUUGGUCCAAAAAUCAAUGAAUACAAGAUAUUUCGGUUUUUCUCUUCCAAGCGCAUAUCCCUAGCUAAACAUCCCUCCCGUGUUAACCGUCGACAAUGUGAGGUAUAUUCAUCGAGCACUGGAUCCUGGAGUGUCAUAGGUCGUGUACCAUACCGCCCGAUGCAUUCUAGCCAUAGCCCCCUGGGGUCCAACCAUGUUUUCGUCAAUGGAAAUAUAUAUUGGUUUAUUGCUUUGGAUGAAGAUCCGUUAAUUCCGGGCUCGAUCCUUACGGUUGACACAGAGGAAACCUUUGGAACUAUUAACCUUCCAGGAGAUGUCACAGAGCACUCAUACUUGGUUAAUCUCAAAGGCUGUUUAUCCUUAGUUUCUGUACAUGAUGAGGAUGAAAUCAUGAAUAUAUGGAUUCUCGACGACAAGAACGAGCCUAAAUGGGAACUGAAAAGCAGAGAUAUCGUCCCCUUCUCGAAUGAUGAAUGUGUCGAAUUUGUAGUUGCAAGGGAGAAUGACCUUUUUGUCAUAACUUCAAGCCAGUACUAUAUCUAUAAUUCGGACCACAGGUUUUGGAGGGAGCUUUAUUUACCAAGGAUGUUCGAAACGAAUUUUCCUGUCGCUUUCACAUACGCCGAAAGCCUUCUUUCUUGUGGUGGACGGAUCGAUCCUAGGAUCGAAUACAUAUCCGAAAGAAGCAUAUGAUAUGCUCUAGACUCGCUCUUCGUUGAUCAUAAUAAGCUCCUCUUGCUACCAAAGCUUCCGAGGAUUGGGAUAUUGAUCGCCUUCUUCAUCAUGCCAUGAAAUCCUUCUUGGGGACCGAUAAUGUUUACCUUCUUUAUCUUUCGUUUUCGCAAUGUUGUAAGGUUGUUUGUGCAUCUGCCGUAUGCAGAUGACUUAUUCCGACAAAUCGACUUUGUCGAAGAAAACCGAUGUUUAUUUCACAGGUGUGAUGUUAUAGUUUUUGUUAAGCGUCAAGUUUC